AUGUCGGCGGGAGGGCGGCGGCGGCGGUGCUGGCGGACGCCGGCGCUGCUGCUCGCCUACCUGGGCUACCUGGGGCUGGGCGCCGGCGUGCUGCGGGCGCUGGAGGGCCCGGCCGAGCGGCAGGCGGCCCGGCGCCUGCUGCAGCAGCGCUGGGAGCUGCUGGCCAACUACACCUGCCUGCGGGGGCCGGCGCUGCAGCGGCUCGUCCAGGACAUCAUCCAAGCCUACAAGAGUGGCAUAACCCUCCAAGGAAACUCCACUAGUCUGGGCAGGUGGGACUUCAGUGGAUCUUUCUUCUUCUCCAUCUCUGCAAUAACAACUAUUGGCUAUGGGAAUCUAAGCCCCAGCACUGCAGCUGGUCGAAUCUUCUGCAUCUUCUUUGCACUUUUUGGCAUCCCCUUGAACCUUGUUCUCUUGAAUUCAAUCGGGCAGCUGAUGCUGUCAGGAGUUCAGCAUUGCGCCCAUCGCCUAGAGGAGAAGUUUCGCUGGCGGAAAAAAGCUACCCUCCUGAUAAAGAUCUGCGCACUGCUAACUUGCUUGUUACUGUUCCUCCUGCUGCCUCCUGUGUUGUUCUCUGCCAAAGAAGGAUGGAGUUAUGAAGAAGGCUUCUACUAUGCCUUCAUCACCCUAAGCACUAUAGGGUUUGGAGAUUAUGUGAUUGGGAUGAACCCAGACCGCAACUAUCCAGGCUGGUACAAGAAUGUAAUCUCUCUGUGGAUCCUCUUUGGGAUGGCCUGGCUAGCACUGGUUAUCAAAUUUUGCAUCAACUUACUAGAGAGCUCCAGUGACUUGUGCCAGUGCGACAAGAAGAGCAAAGAGCUGGUGGAAGACUUAAUGGAUGGCAACAAAAAUAGUAUGACGGGACUCGAUGAUGUGGAGAGCUGCAGUGGCAAGGACACAAAACAAAAGGACCAGACUGAAUGGCUCACCGACACAGCUCCUACAGAAGCACUUUAG